AUGGCGAUUGACCAAGGCCAGAAGAAAACCAAUCCUAGUCCUUAUGACCAAGUUAUUGUUAUGAGCCAGAGGUUUAUCAAUGCCUCGUUUGCAAGAAUGUGGCAAGAAGCGCCAUACAAUGACCCCCUCAAGCGGUUCGAACGUACUGGUCCUCGCACACAGGACAUGAUCAAUGUUACUUUUGAGCCCCCUCAGAUCUUCAUUCCUGCCCCUGACCGGAAUUAUCCUGGUCAGGUAUAUCUCCGGAUGAAAGUUCUGCGCGGCGAUAUCUAUCUCUACUCAAAUUCGACAAAUGCAUUCCCGGAUCAUUACGACAUGGAUGGAUGGGACCUAUAUUUCAAGAUGAGAAUCAGGAACAAGGAUAGCGAUCGACAUGACCCCAAAUAUACAGCCUACCAAAAUCUAUCAGGGUUUAAGAAUGCUAUCUUCGAUCUGACUCAGCUCUAUAUGGGUUUGUCUGAUCCCUCAAAUCCGAAUGAGGCAUUUGACAGCAGGAAGAGCACGUAUGCCGCUUCGAACCUUACUCCAGAUGCCAAAAAGAAUCUUCAAACUGUCAUGGCGGACUGGUUGAGGAGUGCUCGGCUUGAGAACCCAAGGUGUAAUCUUCUUGGAUAUGUCUUUAGAAGCCAACAGGCCCAGACUUUGGGUGGGGCGGAAAGCUCGCUUGUUCCAAAAAUAAUAGACUACAAUGUCUAUCCCUGGAGAGGGCCUGACGGCUCCCAUGGGGAAAGGGAUGGUAUUGAUGAGAAUGCUCUGUGCAUACUCAUCACGACGGGAUCCCAUCAGCCACCGUAUCCUCCUGGAAUCAACUACUCCGGUCCAUUUGUUGAAAGAGGAGCAACCCUCUGUAUUAAUGCGAACUGCUUCUGGGAAGACUGGAUCCUUCGAGACAUCCAAGUGGUCGCCAGAGACACAGAGAUUAUCGCUGAUAAGCCGCCAUUUUCCCUGACAAACAGUAAAUGGACUAUUGGUGUCAAAUAUCAUCUUGGAUCCAAAGCGAGUCCAGGCAGCUUUCAUUUUGCACGCCAAGUUAACAAUGGACGGACCAGCUGGGCAUGGCAAGGAAAAUUGCAUAAAGUCCGGAGCAACACUGUGAAUAUGGAACUUGGCGGUGGAAAGUAUUUUCCUUUCGUUCUUGAUGAAACUUCACAAUCGUGGAUCACCAUCGAGCCUAACAGCGGCGAUGAGCAUACGUUUUCAAUCAAGGGACGACACGUCUUCUACCAUGCUUUGCUCUGGAAAAAGGACGUGAAACUAUCGCAAUGGGUCAAGCUUAUUGCGGAUUGGCAUAUCAAAUUCAACCUCCAGGCCACUGACGAUGGAGGAGUAGAGAUCGCCGCCCAGUUGAGGGACAGGUCCUGGCUCACAAUACAAACCAAGAAAGGGACCAUCAUCCGUACCAAUCAAGGCUACCUGAGGAAUCAUGCCGCAACAAUGGAGAAAGAAUUGCGCAAGCGUCUCGAACGAGCAGUCUCCCAGAUUUCUAGGAAGCUCAACCAGGCUUUCCAGGUGCAACACAAGUUCAUCAUGCCGUCAUCAGGAGUGUUCGCAAUGAGGUACCCUAAGUUCAACAACCGCGGAGAUCUUUUGGUCGAACUCGAAUAUCUCAACUUCAAUGCUCCUAAUUCGAAGGCGGUUGACCCCACACAACAUGUUGUGGAUGACAGCAAAACGGAAUUCGAUCACUUUCCUUUCCACAAGAUUCCGUCCGUCUCUCAGGAUUAUCCUUCACGACAGCCAGUUGACCAUCACGACCACGAUCUGACCAGAGAGCCUUUGCAUGAUGAUGUAUACCAUGAGUAUCAUGUCGACGAAGAUGAGUUCCACAAGAAUCACACCUACCAUCCAGGCGAGCAUGACGAUGAACACGAGGAUCACCGACCUGAUCAGUUCAAACAUACUGAACGUCCUUGGCAUGAAGAAGGCGACUCUCCUUUUCACUCCGACAAUGAGCCUGACGAUCAUAAAAACCCAGACAAGAAGCCUGAUGAUCAUACCCCGGAUGACCACACUUCUCCAGAGGACCGUUCUAGGCCCCACCGUCGCCCACAACAGGGCCGUACCGAUCAUAAGGAUUAUGCAAGUGACGAUGACGACUACUAUUGA